AUGAGUUUCCUCCUAUUUAAGCCAACUGACAUGCACCAACUAAACCACACAACUGAAUUCAAAGUUUCAACAUUUUCUUUCUCCUGUUUUACUCCCUCUAUCUCACUAGAUUUUCUUAUGGAUUUCAACACCAAGCAAUCUUCUUCUAUUUCUUCCUCAAAGUCACUUCAAGAAAAGAAGAGCAAGAAAAAUCAACAGCCGAAGCAAGAACAAGAAGAAACCACACCAACAGUAAGGUUCUUAGGAGUAAGAAGAAGACCAUGGGGAAGAUACGCAGCUGAAAUAAGAGACCCGUCGACAAAAGAAAGACAUUGGUUAGGCACAUUUGAUACUGCUGAAGAAGCCGCAUUGGCUUACGACAGAGCUUCACGAUCAAUGCGUGGGUCUCGUGCACGUACAAAUUUUGUCUACUCCGAUAUGUCACGUGGUUCUUCUGUUACAGACAUUAUAUCUCCUGAUGAAAGCGAACAAUUUCAUGACCUCUCUUCUUUUUUCACUAAUAGCAGUUUUGUGUAUCAACCUCAACAAAUUGCUAACAACAAUACCACUGCUCAACAAAUUCACUUCAGCACUCCAGAUUCCACCAAUGCCGGUGGAUUUUCGGUGAAAGAUGUCCAAAAUUCAUCAUGGAUUAAUCAAACCGAAAUCCCUCAACCGCAACAACAACGAGAAUGUACUUCUGUUAAUUUGGUUGAUAGUUCUUACGGUUAUGGGUCAAGUAAUUAUGAACUCCCUCCAUUUCCUUCUGAGGUGUCUGAUUUUUCGGGGUGUUUUGGGUACUCCAAUAUGCCAGUUUCAUCCGGUUUUAACGGUAAUAAUAGCAUGAACCGAGGAGAUUGGUCCGAUUUAACUAGUGUAGUUGGAUCUUCAAGUGGCGGGUAUGAAUCCAUGGGGAAUGGAUCGUAUUUUGGUUACAAUUCCACAGAGUACGUCCAUAGUCCACUUUUUGGGCAAAUGCCACCGGCUAAUUCUGACUCGGGUAUGGAUAGUUUCGAUUUGGGUUCUUCCGCAUGUUUCUUUUGA